UUACAGCAACAAGAGUAAAUGUAAUUCAUUACUUACACCUCUGGAAUUUUCCAUCCAUACCUAAACAGAAACGUAUAUAAAGUUUAGUACAUGAAUAAAUCCAGUAUCAUAGACGCUUGUGUGACAAAUGCAGUGUAGCUGAUGUUGAUCCAUGAAAACUCUGCUGGCCCAGUCUUGUUAAGAUCUGAUAUCAGAGACACUCUAAUGUGACUGAAUGUGCUCCAACUGGUUUUCUCUUUCUGAGGAAAAGGAAGUUCCAGCUAGUUUAUGAUUCAGUCUGAACUCCAGUAGAGGAGCUGAGUGUGUGAUAUAAUAAGCUGGUGGACUGUGAGAAGCUACAGAUGGUAUUAUCAUAUAUGAGCUGGUGAGUGUCUCUGCUGUAGGACUGGAGAUCCUGAUAAAGACGGAGCUGAACUUUUCUAACUGAAGACUCUGAAAGACUCUGAACUCUGACCUCAGAAGCAGGUGACUCUGCUCUCGGCUUUAGUGGACUGUCUUUCAGCAAUGAUGCUUCUGUGUGUGAUGCUGCUGAUGUUCUCUGGUUUCAUGGAGACCAAUUCAGAGAACUUUAAGAUUGUUGGCCCAGUUGAGCCUCUUGUUGUUGAAGCUGGUGAAGACCUGGUUCUGCCCUGUUCUCUCCAACCCAACAUCAGUGCUGUGGAUAUGACGGUGGAGUGGAUCAGAACAGAUCUGAGUGAAAGUAGCACAGUAGUGCAUCUGUAUAAAGAUCACAAAAACACAAAUGACAAGCAGAUGAAGUCUUAUAGAGGAAGAACAGCUCUGUUUAAAGAAGAACUGCAGAAAGGAAACACCUCACUGAAGCUCUCAGCAGUCCAGCCUUCUGAUGAGGGAGUUUAUCAGUGUUACGUUGAGUCUGGGUCGCUGUAUGAUGACGUCAUUGUUCAUGUUAAAGUCGAAAAGCUUUUAAAAGUAGUUGGUCCAGCUGCGCCUGUUGUUGUUGAAGCUGGUGAAGAUCUGGUUCUGCCCUGUUCUAUUGAACCCAGGAUCAGUGCUGAAGAUAUGGUGGUAGAGUGGAUCAGACUGUACCUGAAUGACAGAUUAGUGCACCUGUAUGAAGAUUAUGAAGACAGCAAUCAGAGGCAGAUGGAGUCUUACAGAGGAAGAACAAGCUUAUUCAAAGAAGAACUAAAAAAAGGAAACACUUCACUGAAACUCUCAGCAGUUCAACCUUCUGACGAGGGAGUUUAUCAGUGUUACGUUGAGUAUAGAGACUGGAAUAAUAAUGUAAAUAUAUAUGUUGAAGUUAAAGGAAAAGGUUUUCAUGCUUGGAAGAUUGUCCUCAUCUGCAUGUCAGCUUUUGCCAUUACAUUAACCACUUUUACAGCUUACAUCGUGAAAGAUAAAUUCUCAAAAAAGCAGCUCUCUCCUGCACAAUGUUCAGUCAUAACCUACAUGCGAGUCCAGUCAGAGAAUAAGAAGGAAGAACUGAACCUGAAGAAAUUCAACACAUCAGAGGAGGGAUACAGAAGACUCAUCCCAGCUGUCACAAACUGCAGAAAGGCUCAAUUUGCUGGCUGUAGCCUCACUGCACUGUGCCUUGAAAUAUUGAGUACAGCUCUAAAAACAGAAAAUUCCUCUGUAAAAGAGCUGGACCUCAGUAAAAAUGACCUGCAGGAUGCAGGAGUGGAAAAGCUCUCUUCUGGACUCAAGAGUUCACACUGUAAAUUGGAGAUAAUCAGACUUGCUGUGUGUAAACUCAGCGCACAGUCCUGUAAUACUCUGACAUCAGUUUUACAAACAGAAACCUCCUGCCUGAAAGAACUAGACCUCAGUAAUAAUGACCUGCAGGAUGCCGGAGUGGAGAAUCUCUCUGUUGGACUGAAGAGUUCACACUGUAAAUUGGAGAUAUUAAGACUUGCUGUGUGUAAACUCAGCGCACAGUCCUGUGACACUCUGCAGUCAGUUUUACAAACAGAAACCUCCUGCCUGAAAGAACUAGACCUCAGUAAUAAUGACCUUCAGGAUGCAGGAGUGGAGAAGCUCUCUGUUGGACUGAAGAGUUCACACUGUAAAUUGGAGAUAUUAAGACUUGCUGUGUGUAAACUCAGCGCACAGUCCUGUGACACUCUGCAGUCAGUUUUACAAACAGAAACCUCCUGCCUGAAAGAACUAGACCUCAGUAAUAAUGACCUUCAGGAUGCAGGAGUGGAGAAGCUCUCUGUUGGACUGAAGAGUUCACACUGUAAACUGGAGAUACUCAGACUUGUUGUGUGUAAACUCAGCGCACAGUCCUGUGACACUCUGAACUCAGUUUUACAAACAGAAACCUCCUGCCUGAAAGAACUAGACCUCAGUAACAAUAACCUGUAUGACUCAGGACUGGCGAACCUCUUUGCUGGAUUGAAGAGUUCAAUCUGCAAACUGCAAAUACUAAGACUAGCUUUGUGUAAUCUUGGAGUGAAUACAUGUGAAAGGCUAGGAUCACUUUUAAAACUGGAAAUCUCCCUGAAAGCACUGGACCUCAGUAAUAACGAUCUGCAGGAUUCAGGAGUGGAGCUGCUCUGUGCUGGACUGAAGACUGGAGACUGUAAACUGGAAAAACUCAUAUUGUCUGGUUGUAUGAUCAAAGAGGAAGGCUGUUCUUCUCUGGCUUCAGCUCUGAGUUCAAACCUGUCGCACCUGAAAGAACUGGAUCUGACCUACAAUCACCCAGGAGAGUCAGGCGUGAAGGUUCUCUCAGCUAGACUGGAGGAUCCACGAUGCACACUAAGAACUCUCAGAGUGAAACAUGGAGGUGAAAACAGAAUCAAACCAGGACUGAAGAAAUAUUCCUGUGACUUCACUCUGGAUCCAAACACAGUGAACAGUCGUCUCUCUCUGUCUGACGGGAACAGGAAGGUGAAGAAUGUGAUAGUUCCCCACUUCUAUCCUGAUCAUCCAGAGAGAUUUGAUUACUGUUGUCAGGUUCUGUGUAGAGAGAGUCUGACUGGACGCUGUUACUGGGAGGCUCAGUGGAGCGGAGGUGUUUAUAUAGCAGUAACAUAUAAAUCAAUCAGGAGGAAAGGAGGCAGUGGUGACUGUGUGUUUGGACUGAAUGAAAAGUCCUGGAGUCUGAGCUGCUCUAAUAACAGUUACUCUGUCCGUCACAAUAAGAACGAGACUAAACUCUCUGCUCGACCGUCCAGUAAGAGAGUAGGAGUGUAUGUGGACUGUCCGGCCGGCUCUCUGUCCUUCUACAGCGUCUCUGAUGAUCAAACACUGACGCACCUUCACACGUUCAGCACCACAUUCACUGAACCGCUCUGCGCUGGGUUUUAUAUUUAUUACGACUCCUCAGUGUGUUUAAAAUAAAAUCUCCUGAGUGAAACACAAACCAUAAAAAUAUCAGGUUUGUGGGGUUUUAUGUGUAAAACAGUGUAAAGAUUCAUUUUUACAUCAUUUUUAUCUUCAUUCUUUAUGUGGCUUAUUAUUAUUAUUAUUAUUAUUAUUAUUAUUGUUAUUAUUAUUGUUAUUAUUAUUGUUAGUAAUGGUGGUAGUAGCAGUUUAAUAUUGCCGCUUCCUAAUGUGCUGGGAUUGUAUUCAUGGUCUCUGCCUUUGGUUCCCCCCUCCCCCUCCAGGUCACUGCUGUGCUCUGAGGUGUGUGUGUGUGUGUGUGUGUGUGUGUGUGUGUGUGUGUGUGUGUGUGUGUGUGUGUGUGGUGUUUAUCGCCACUGGCCUCCGUUCAACCGUCCUUGCCUGAGCCUCGCGCGCUCCAGCAUUCAGGUAAACGUGCAGGUGUGUCUGGAGCGUCGGGAGCUUCAUGGCGCUGCUUGUAUCUUCAGCGUGUUGUUUGGUUUGUUCCUCACCUGCUGGGGCCGACGGCGCUUGGCCAAUCAGGAGGCUUCUCUGCGGCGCGUCAUUCAUUCCGUGAGUAAGUCGCGUCUGCUGAAGCUCUUGGCUUUGAUCCAGCAGCGCUGCAGCUCCUGUUUGUUUAUGGUCAUCAGUGGGGCCAGUGAAUGUGGUGCCGGCCGACGCGCCCGCUGUAUAAGCGCUAUAAGCGGCCUGUAUCCGGGGAUAAGCCGCCGUUUCGCCUCACGGAGCCUUGAAACUCCCGGCGCCCGCGUUUAAAGCGUCGCUGAUCGUUUAGCGGUCAUUAGGCCGUCGGGCACUCGCAUUAUUGAGCGGCGGCUGGUGUUUUAAUGUUUGUUCUUUUGGCUGUUCUGUGUGAUGAAUGUGUUUGGGGGGACUGGGGCGCCCCCUAGUGACCGUUUUAAGAACUAACUGAACGUCAGAGCAGCUGUAUGUUAGCCUAUCACAGCCUAAGCUGCAGCUAUCCUGUUAAUCUGCUGUGGGUUGCCAUCGCCUUGUGUUAUCCUCUUUUUCUGGGGGAUUUGGCUGCUGAGAAAUACUAGUGCGCUUGUUUUGUGCACUUGGUGCAUUCAGUGUAACAGCUUUGUGUAGUUCAAGCCAUUUUUUGGCGGGGCCUAAGAUUAAGCCCAGUAACUCUCUAGCCGAGCGGCACUGCAGCCGUUGUCUCCUGUUCUUUUCUUUUGGGUGUUGAGUUGGGUUGAUUGUACUGUAGGUGCUGAGAGCUCCAGGGGGCGUGGCUUAUUUUGUGUUCACUUUACUUUUGGGAGUUUGUGUAUUUUGGUUUGCUUCUCUUUGCACGGGUGACUUGUGUUGAGAUGUUUGGUGUUGCUGAAGGUGGUCUGCCUCCCCUGGUGAGUCUCUGCCCUACAGGCUUUUUUGUUUGUAUUGUAUUUUAUUGAAUCAGCUGGCAGCCAAAAGAUUUUAAUGUUAAUUAUAUUAUUUUUAAUAAUUGUAGUAUUAAUAAACUUCCUAGUUUGAUCAAUCUAGUAUUACUUUGUUGUUGCUGUUAAUAUUAAAUGCUUAUUUUUGUAGUUGUGGUGUGUGUGUGUGUGUGUGUGUGUGUGUGUGUGUGUGUGUGUGUGUGUGUGUGUGUGUGUGUGUAUCUAUCUAUCUAUCAAGUUUGAUUUAAAUUUGAUUUUGAUUAAAUAAACUUUUGUUUGGGAAAUCUUAGUCUUACUGUGUCCUUCACUCAAAAUUCCCUGGGUGCAAUUCCCAGAGUGGCGUAGUUGGCUACACUAGUCUUAUUUCAUUAUAUAAUCUUAUACAACUUAUAGUUCUCCGUUACAUUUAUAAUGAAACCGUCUGUAUUCGUUUCUGUGCCUUUAAGACUGAUAUAUGUAAAUGAGCUGUGUUCUGAUUGGCUGUGCUGUGCCUCAUUUAUAAAGCAGUUCAGUCUGUGUUUCUCUGGUUUGGAGAUUCAGAUGGAGACGAUGUUCAGAACCAGUGGAAGAUCUACAAUAAAGAACUGAUUAAACUCCCAGAAUUAUGAUCAUUUAAUAAAAUAAAGUGCUGAUAAA